AUGACUGCUGAGUUAUUUCUUGUAUGGUUUCGAAGAUUUGUAGAAUUUUCUAAGGCAUCAAAAGACUUCCCGGUUCUUCUUAUAUUAGAUGGCCACUCUAGACACGCUAAGAACCUUCAGGUUAUAGAUUACGCGCGGGAGAGUGGCGUUACAUUGCUAUGUCUACCACCACAUUGCUCUCACAGACUUCAGCCACUCGAUGUUUCUUUUAUAAAGCCUUUAAGUGUUUAUUACAGCAAUGAGCUUCGAAAAUGGUUACGAAGCAACCCAGGAAAAGUCGUAACCCUUUUUCAAAUUUCAACACUUUUUGGAUCAGCUUUUAUUCAAAGUGCAACAAUGAAAACUGCUAUUAAUGGUUUCCAAGCUACAGGAAUAUGGCCAACUGACCCAUCCAUAUUCACCGAUGUCGAUUUUCUCCCAGCAAACACAACUGACAUCGGACUUAAUAGGCCUUCAGGUGAAGAGGUGAUCAUAUCUGAAGCUGAACAAUUGAAAUUGCCUUCGCCUAGCACAGGCGUUAAAAAAGACAUGCCUAUCAGGUUGGAUGAUAAAGCUGGCGAGGUUUCAGUCAACUCUAAUGAUGAGGCUAAUUCUGCCACUCCUGAUUGCUCUUGGAUGACAACAGAUAACAGGGCCUCUUCAUUUCAUAUUUCACCUGCUAUUCUAAUGCCUAUCCCAAAAGUUAAAGAAGCCCCGAAAAGGACGAAUCGGAAGAGGGGAAAGACCGCGGUCUUAACAGAUGCCCCAUACAAAAAGGAGUUAGAAGCUGCUAUUCAGGAAAAAGAGAAAAAGAAUUUUGGCAAAGAAGAAAGAGCAAGGAAAAGAUUAUUUAAGAAAGAGACCAAUAAUAAAAUAAACGGAAAAAAUAAAAAUAUACUCGUUGAAUUUCUCGAACAAAUUUCUUUAGAAAAAACUGAAUUUGGGGCUAAAGCCAACGGAUUACGAACCCAAUUAUGCCAAUUUAAAUUUUUAUUUUUUACAUGUGCUUUAAUAACUAUUUUAGAAAGGGUUAAAGAGGUUAACCGAUCAUUGCAAUGCAAAUCAUUAUCAUUCCGCAAUGUUAAAAAUUAUUUAGAAAAUUAA